AUGGAUGACAAUAAAACAGGAGUGCUGGAGGCCGAUACCGCAGUGGAGUCUCCAUCAGAACCAGGGUCUCCAGAGAAAUGCACGGAGAGCGAAGGCAGCUCUUGUGAGGCCCAAUUAAAUUCUCCACCUUUGAACAACGAAGGAGAAAAGGAGACCAAGAACCCCAAGAAGGCUUUUGUUAGAGUGUUGAGCUUGAGCAGAGUUAUCCCCAGAUCCAUCAAAGAGAUACCAACGAAAGAGCCCGAAAUUCUCAGAUCCAGCAAACGGUUUGCAAAGAAAAGCUUUAAACAGAUAGAAGAUCAUGCGUGUGCUAGUAAAGGACACAGCAGCGUUCUAGAGGAAAGUGGGGAGUUUAAGGAUGACAGUAUUGAAAAAGAACCACCAUCUGAGCAUCAAAAGGGCCCUUCAGGAUCUCCAGAGAAACGCACGGAGAGUGAAGAUAGCUAUUGUGAGACCCAGUUAAAUUCUCCACCUUUGAAUCAUCAAGGGGGAAAGGAGACCACGAGCCCAAACAAGCCUCUCGCUACCAUGCUGAGCUUCAGCAGAGAGAUCUCGAAAUCCGUCAAAGGGAUAUCAGUGAACGAGCCUGGAAUCCUUAGAUCCAGCAAACGGUUUGCAAACAGAAGCCUCAAAUGGAUAGAAGGUCAUGUCCAUGCACAUAAAGAGAGCAGAAGUACUUCAGAGGACAUUGGGAAGCCUGAAGACAAGUGUGUUAAAAAAGAACCAUUGUCUGUAAUGGAAAUAAAUGAAUUUAUUCAGACAAGGCAACUGUUGGAGGCCUUUGAAAACAUCAAGGGUUUGGAAAUGGAGCUUCUGGCUGAAAGGGAUGCCAAGAAAUAUGGAGAUAACCUCAAGGAAUGCACUGCGAAGGCUAAGGAUGUUGACUUGUUGUAUGAUCACAUCUCGAAGGUCAUCCGGCAAAUUGUCCAAGAAACGCUGGAUCUCCCCGGCAUUGACGAAAAGGCAUUGACUUCUCUGAUGACUUUAAUUGAAGAGGAAGAGAAAGCUCACCCCAAGGCCUCCGAGGCCACCAUCUCCUCUGGGCCAGCAGCCGUCGGCUCAGCCAGAAACUGGAGACAGCUCUGGAAAGAAGCUGUCAAUCAAAGUGCCAAGGGAAGGGUCUGUAAAGUGCCAGUACCCUUGAAGGACAAUAACCAGUCAUGGCUUUCUCAGCACCUAGCCUUUUUCACAAUGGCUGUAAAAGAAGAUUUGUUCAAAGUCAAGCUUCACGUACAGAAAUGCUAUCCACAGGAUUAUAACGUAUGUGAUACGUAUGUGGGGGCUUUCCACAAGGCCCUCUCGGUGCACUUACAUGACAUCCUGGAAGAGAACAGCUUGACGCUCACUGAAUGCUACGCAUUACUCAGUUGGAUCAACAACAUAUAUCGCAGUGAAGAGUUCUUAGGACAUGUGGAUCUCAAACCAGAAAUAAAAACUGAAGACCUGCCCAGCUUGUUGACUCCAGAAGCUUUGGCUAAACUGAAAAAUGAUUACAUUAAUUCUGUAAAGGAGAAAACAAAGGAAUGCUUGGACAACAUUCUGGUGCUGCAGACCGGAAAUUGGGAUUCAGAAGGACAGCCGGAAGCUCUGCGAAACCAGCCGUGCUCGUCGCUCUCCCUUGAUAUUCAAAUGAUGGUUGGACAACACAUGAAGGCAUCUGGCCGUAUUUGUGACAGACUAGAAGUCGCAGUGCUCGAUGUCAGUCUAAAAGAAGUGAUGGAAUUCGUGCCCCGCUUUGAGAAAACAUUUCUGGAAUGGGACAAGGAGAACGACGAUCCCCAGUUUGUGGAACUUAUGGUGACCUACAUUAAUGACUUCGAAGAAUUGUUGUUGAUCAUCUGGUCCAGCAGAGGGCGCAAAGCGGCCGCAAUCAUUUUAGGAAAGUCUAUGGUGACUUCCGGUUUAAGGGCCGGCGAAAGAAAUUUUAGCAUCAGCUGCCAAGAACUUGAAGAGACUGUCAAAGAUUUGAUGCUGAACUACCAGAAACACUUUCUGCAUAAAUUAAGACAGAAAACCCAGCCAAUGCUUAAGAAAAUCCUGAGCAAACAGUGGGUUUUAUAUAGCGGAACUCCUGACGCGUUAAUCCAGAAAGCGGUGUCAGCCACGGAAGAAUUUUCUAAACCCUUGAUUCAUCUGAAGGAGCCCAUUCACAAGGAUUUUCUCCACGAAAUCCACAAGUACAUGGUUAAAGAAUAUAUCACGCAAACCCUGAAGUCAAAGAGCAAAACGGGGAGAAGAAAGUGGGAAGAGGCCAGCAAGCUGAUGAAACAAGACGCCUUGAUUAUACAUAAUAGCAUGAAACAUCUGGGUUCCAGUUCUGAUUGGCUCUUCCCUGCCAUUCUACACAUUGCAGACAUAAUUGGCGAGAAGAAAAAACGAAACAUCAAAGACUGCCUUAAAAAAUUGUCUCAGGACUAUCCGGAUAUUAGAAGGGAGCACAUUCUGGCUCUUCUUACCCUACGAGGGUGGUGGCGAAACACGAGACAAUCAAUGGCCGACCAGAUCGACGGGCUAUCAGAAGGAUCAGAAGCUGGAUCCCGCCAGACACUCUUUGCUGAAAUUGAACUUCCAAACACCAUCCAAUGCUUUUGA